CGUCUUCGUGAAGAUCUUUGUUGUUGGCACGUCACGUCACGGCAUCGGCCGGUACGUUAUACUAUUGUAUACAUAUAUAUAUUAUAAGUAUUUAUGUACCAGUUGGUGAUCGAUAUCACGGUAAAUAAAUAUGAUUUAACAGUGAAAAUGUUUAUGUUUGAAACUUGUGUUGUGAAAAUUUCUAUCCUGUAGAAAGUGGACAAUUUGUUAAUGCUUACUUGAACAUACCUAAGUACAAAAAUAGUGAAAUUAUUGUAAUCAAUGUUUGCUUGUUAAAACUUAGGAGCCAUUUACACAUGGCGAAAAGUCACGUACACUUUAUGAACGAAAAGUUCGUCGUAAACAUUUGAUAGUGGUUUUUGUUUGGAUUUGUCAUAAUAAAUGUAUUAAAAUGGACAGCAAAAAUAUUCAAAAAAAUGCCAUGCACAAAAGUGCUGAGUUUACUUUUACUCCACCACCCGAGGCACCUAUAUUUGAGCCUACGCCCGAAGAAUUUUUAGAUCCUCUGGGAUACAUUGCCAAAAUACGUCCUGUCGCAGAAAAAACAGGAAUAUGCAAAAUUAAGCCUCCAGCACGAUGGCAGCCACCGUUUUCGUUGGAUGUAGAUAAACUGAAAUUUGUCCCACGAAUACAAAAAGUAAAUGAAUUGGAAGCCAUAACACGUUUGAAAUUAUUGUUUCUCGAAAAGAUUUUAAAGUUUUGGGAUCUACAAGGUUCACCUCUGAAAAUUCCCAUGAUAGAGAACAAAACCUUAGACUUGUAUUGUCUUAAAUUCUGGGUGGAUGAAGAGGGAGGUUUUGAAAAUUGUAACUCUCCGAAAAAAUGGCGUAAAAUUGCGAAUGCUAUGGGAUAUAGUCAAAACGCGAACACAAUGAAUUUUCUUAGAUGCAAUUAUGAAAAAAUAUUACUUCCAUAUGAAAUAUUUGAAAAAAGCAAAGCUGACAUAUUAAAAACUGUUAAAAAGACCGAAAUAAAAAAUGAGGCAAAAGAUGGCGAAACAGCUAAACCAUUAUUCAAGGCAAUACCAGUAGAGUCUAUAAUAAAGACUAGCACUGAGGAUGACAUAGAUGAUAAGUCACAUGUAGGAAUUAAAAAAGCAAAAAUUGAAUCUGAUACUAUUGGAGCUGAAACUGAGCAUACAAAGAAUAAAAUUGAAAGUGAUGAAAUAAGGCGUAACAGGGAAUUGAGAAGACUAGCUUGUUAUGGCCCAGGCCCAAAAAUGCCUGGACUAAAUGAUGAAGAAUUUGAUAUUACUAAGUCAAGAAAGAGACCUAGAUAUGAUAUGGAUCCUUUAGCUAUUUAUGUGUGUGCAAUUUGUCAAAAAGAUAAUAGGGAUGAUUUACUUUUGAUUUGUAAUGGUUGCUCUGAUACUUAUCAUACAUUUUGCUUGAAACCACCACUUAAUUCAGUGCCAGAUGGUGAUUGGCGUUGCCCCUGUUGCAUUGCGGAGGAGGUUCAUAAACCAGCAGAGGCAUUUGGGUUUGCUCAGGCUGAAAGGGAAUAUACUCUUCAACAAUUUGGGGAAAUGGCUGAUAAAUUUAAAUCUGAUUAUUUUGGUAUGUCAGGACAUUUAGUACCUACAAAUGUUGCUGAGAAAGAAUUUUGGAGAAUUAUAUCCUCAGUAGAAGAAGAUGUAACAGUAGAGUAUGGUGCUGAUUUACAUUCUAUGGAUCAUGGUUCUGGCUUUCCAACAAAGUCUUCUUUAAAUUUAUAUCCAAGUGAUCAAGAAUAUGUUGAUUCAGGAUGGAAUUUAAACAAUCUUCCAGUAUUGGAAGGGUCUGUUUUAAGAUUUAUUAAUGCCGAUAUAUCUGGAAUGACUGUACCAUGGAUGUAUGUAGGUAUGUGUUUUUCAGCUUUUUGUUGGCAUAAUGAAGAUCAUUGGAGUUACUCCAUUAACUACUUGCAUUGGGGUGAAGCAAAAACAUGGUAUGGUGUGCCAGGGAGUGGGGCAGAACUGCUUGAAAAUGCAAUGAAAGCAGCUGCACCAGAUCUUUUCAAAUCUCAACCAGAUUUAUUACAUCAACUAGUCACAAUUAUGAACCCAAAUAUAUUAAUGGCUGCAGGUGUACCAAUAUACAGAACUGAUCAACAAGCAGGGGAAUUUGUUGUUACUUUUCCUAGAGCAUAUCAUGCUGGUUUUAACCAGGGAUACAAUUUUGCUGAAGCUGUUAAUUUUGCACCUCCUGAUUGGUUAAAAAUUGGCCGUGAAUGCAUUAUGCAUUAUAAAAAUUUAAAGAGAUUUUGUGUAUUUUCACAUGAUGAGCUCAUUUGUAAAAUGGCCUUGGAUGGUGAUCGCCUUGAUUUAGAAACAGCAUUGGAAACACAAAAAGAGUUGGUACGUGCAACUGAAGAAGAAGGUACACUUCGAGCAUUAAUUGCAAAAAAAGGUUUAAAGAAUGUAUGCCGCACAGCAUUUGAAUUGCUUGGAGAUGAUGAACGCCUUUGUGAAGUGUGUAAAACAACAUGUUUUUUGUCUUCAGUCUCAUGUGCUGAUUGUAAACAUAUGGCAUGUUUACAACAUGCAAAUACAUUUUGUCAAUGUGCUAUGGAAAAAAAGACUCUUAAUUAUCGCUAUGAUAUGGAUGAGUUGCAUAUUAUGUUACAAACAAUUGAUUUAAGAGUAAAUAGUUUUGAUAAAUGGAUGAAGGAAACAAAAAACAUAUUACUCCCUACGGCACCUGAUAUUGGUAGACUCCAAAAAUUAAAAGUUUUGGUAGAUGAAGCUGAUGAUCUUAAAAUACCAAACUGUAUUUUAUUAACACAAUUGAAAAGUGAGUAUACCAAAGCCACAGAAAAUGUGGAACCAAUUGUAAUAGAAUUAGAUGAUGAUUGAAAAUUUACUGUAACUUGUGUAUUAGUACAAAAUUUUACAUUCUUAUAAAAUUAGAUUACAUCUCUUAAACUACACCUAUUUUUAUGUUCUGAUGGUAAUAUUGCAAGAGAAUUUUAUUUUUUCUAAUUAUCAUCAUAGAUAGGCAGCUUGUCAUUGAUUGUAUAAUUUUGAUUUAAUUUUAAAUUAUAUGUCUAUUUUUGAACUUAAAUUGAUGCUACGAAAUAUACCUUGUAUUUUUUUUUCUUAAAUUAUAUUGACUAAUGCAUCUAAGAAUAGUUAAGUUUAUAUUAAUAUGACUGGAUAUUUUAGUUUCAGAAAGUGUAAAUAUUUGAUUUCAUGUAUAUCUAGAAAGAGAUUGGAUUGAUAUGAUUGUGUGGUGUGUGGUAUUUUCUUAAUUGAAAUGGGUAAUUAUUUUGUCUUAUUAUAUAUUGGUAUUAAUGUAAAAAUCCCACCGUGACAUAAUAAACAUUAAGAUUAAAAUACUGUAUAAAUAAAUACUUGCAUCUGAACCUGAUAUAAUUAUGUAUAUAUUCAGUAAAAUAUGGCAAUUUAAUUUUAAAAACAAUAUUGGCAGUUUAAUUAUCGGCUUCCCCCUUCAGUAAUCUAUGAAUUUACUUACAAGUUAAUACCUUAGAUUGGAGAAAAUAGACUAUAGUACUUGGGGAAAGUUAGGGGAGUACUGGAUUUUUUGCAUGAACUUAAGUUUUGCUAGUUAUUAUAUUCCCAUAAAGUUAGUAUUAUGAGAUCUUUGCGAAUGUUUUCUUUUUUAUUCUUGACAUUUGAUUCUGUUUAUAAUUUUUUGUUUUGAUGGAAAUUUUAAUUUUGUUCAGAACCAGAAACAGAAGGUGUAUCUAGGCUAUGCUUAUAUUUUUCAAAAAUUUGGCUUUUGUUCCAUCUUCAUUCCCUGAAUCAAAUUAGAUUCAAUAAGUAGAUUAACAUUAACAAUUCGCAGAGCAGACUUACUGUUAAACAUCUUGCCAUAUGCCUUUGCUUUAAGAGAUAUGUAUGUAAUGUUAUCUGGAAAGAAAUUCAGUAUAUAUUGACUACAUAAUAAAUAUACUAAUUAUCUACUCAAUUACUUUAUUGCUUAUAAAUUGUGAAUCUAUUUGGUUGUUAUAAAGUGUACAGAAACUUUCAAAUGUAUCUAUUUGAAAUAGUUAUUGAUUACAGAGGAGCAGUAAGUAAGGUGUGUACGAAAAAUAAGAUCUGCCUAACUACGCAUAUUUUUUAUGAUCUCAUUGAUAAAUUUUAUGUAGAUACAAAAUACAUUACAUAAAUUAACUUGAAGCUUACUGUAAAAAAUUCUAAGUAAUUGAAUGUGUAUGUAUGUAACAUGACAAGUUCAAAACCGAAAAUUUGCUUUGAAGGAUGUAACAUUGUCGGGUACUGUAAUUUAAGAUCUUAAUAUUUGAGGAGUCUGUAACAUGUUGGUAAUAUCUUUGUGUUACAAGUGUUCAGGCAUUGUGGUGGUCGCUUACCAUCAGGCGAACCGUAUCCUCGACUACUAUUUAUUUUGUAUAAAAUACCUGUCACCUAGUACUUGUUUUUAAUUUGGUUGAUAUUAAUGCAAUAAUAAUUUGCAUACAUUAAUGUAAUAAUAAAACCAGCGAUACUUUGUAACGCUCGCUAUGGAAAUACGGGUGAUUUUGAAAAACCUAAACGAACAGGAAGAAACGAAAGGCGGUAAAAUUUUUCAAAUUUUUACUGCGUACGUGACAUGUCUCAAUUAGUAGUGAUAAUAGCUGAAUAUUAUUGUUUUUUUUUUUACUCUUCAUUGUGAAAAAUGUUUAGUUUCAUUGGUAAAGCACUCAUUUAAAAGGUGCUCAUGAUCUCGAUUUCACCCUCUGUAUGUUAUGAUACCCUCGUUGCAAGUAUUGAGUGUGAAUUAUGUUUUAAGUAGACAUCACCUACAUUGACCUCAGUUUCAUAGGUGGAACAAUUAUUGUUUUGUGUCUAAUUAAGUAUAGUAAUGUCUAUAUAUGUACAUACACAACGGGAAUUUUAUGAACUUAUGUUUAACAUUUCCGAUAAUUUCCUCCGUAUGCAAUUCCCGUUGUACAUGUAUAUAGAGAUAAUUAAAAAUGAACGUAACUUUUAAAAAUAAGUAUAGUAAUUAUGGUUGUCAACUCGACAUCAUUGUAAUUUACUUGAAUUUAUAUUGUCGGUAUCUUCCCACUUGAUAAAUGUUAUAAAAUAUCAAUAAGAAUAGUUUUUUUUUUUAUGUUUAUUCACAUUUUCUCAAUAAUUUAAUUUUAUGUUAACGUUUGACUGACUGAUGGUUUACUCUUAAGAAUAUUAGGUAACGCGAAAUGACUGUCAAUUAUUAAUUUCAAGUGUGUGACUUUAUUUGCACUGUGAUUAGAUUUAUUUGCAAUUUACUGAAUUAUGAAGACAUUAAUGAAAUUGUGAGUAUUGUUGGUUUAGAUGAUUGUAAUAUUAACGAGUACCUAAUUAAAACUUCUUUAUCUCAAAAUGAAAAAGUUUCAUUUUAAAAUUACCUUUUUUGUAUAUAUUAAAUGUAAUGUUUGUUGUUGAUCUGUUAUAUAACAUGUAAAUAUUUUUUAUAAAUACUCAUUUAGGACUAACAAAUAUAACAAAUCCCCAAUAAACAUGGCGUUUAGUAAAAAAUGUACACUUGAAGCAGGCGUUCGCUUACUUCACAAGCUCUAAGAACAUUAAAAAAUGCAUUUAAAAUGAUUGAGCAAGCUGAAAUCGAAAUUACCAAAUCGUUAUUGCGGUUAUUACGAAUAAAACAUUUAGUUGUGUA